UAAAAAAUAAAAAUAAAAAUUUGUAACCUAUCAAAAUUUAGGGUUUUAGUAACUAAUGACAAACAAUAUCUAUUCCUAUUUCCUAAUAUUGUAUUCCUAUUCCCAACCAAAGUAGGACAUACAUGUAUCCCACACUAUAAAUAAAUAAAUCCCCAAUAAUCCCCAUCAUUAUAUUGUACCUGAUAGCUAGAGAGAAAUUUUGUUUUGGCAGCGACGACUAUGGACCGCUCAAUUUUGAAUGUCCACUACUGGAUCCGUCAUGAACCCAACAUCUUACGCAACUAUGUUGUUCCUUCGCAAGACGACGACGUUUUUGUAUUUCAGAUGAAGGUAAAAGAUAUGGUUAGAUUCUACCAGUUUCACCCACGAGCCUCCCCAUCGCAGCGCGUUAUUCUGGAUCAUUGGGAGCAAUACGGUUUCCAUAUUUCCCGGGAUUUCCUCAUCCCCUUCCGAGAUAUAGCCGGAAGCGGCAGGAAUUGCGCCAAGCACAGAAUACACGAAAUGCUCGGAGAAGUCGACAUUCCCAGCCACAAACGCCGGCCGUUGCUGGAGAAGAUAUAUUCCGAGGCGAUUAGAUUGGCUAAGGAGCAUCACGCCCCCGACGGAGAAUACAAACGAAUCGCGAUUAAGGUGGAGCUCCGGAGAGUGUACGCUACAACGAUUGUUAGUAACGACGGUGUUGAGUCGGGUGUAGUUCCGGCAAGCAGAUCGGCGAUUGAGGGAUUGGAGAGAGUUAGGGUUGAGGAAACGGAAGUUUGUGCGGUGUGUUUGGAGGAGAUGGAAGCGGGAUUAGAGGGGACUAUGUUGCCUUGCAAACAUAUCUUCCAUGGAAGAUGCAUCAAUGCCUGGUUAGAGAAGGCCAAUUUGUGCCCAUUAUGCCGUUUUCAGCUUUGACUUCGCCAUAAAUAUUUGAAGAUGGAUGGAAUUAAAAUUA